AUAUUUUGACAGAUCUAGUUACGUAUUUUUAUUUACAAAAACGAUACAAUUCACCUUUUCUAAAAACUAUUUCACUUUAAAAUACGUAAAAAUAUAAAAUAACAUAAUAAACAAGUACAUAGAAAGUUCAUUUAAUAGAAAAAAUGCAGGAUAAUAAAGAUAAACCAGUUCUAAAUGAUAUAUUGGAUAAACUUGCUAUAAAACACUUGCAUUUAAUCGAAGAGAAAAUGCGCUGCGAGAUGAACAUUGAGUCUUCUAUAAAUAAUGGCAGCAUUCACUUAGCAAAAUCAAGAUAUAUCAUGGGUCAGAGUUCAGUGAGUACAGCUAGGUUGCCAGUUGAGAACAGCCCAGAAUUUUCAGCAUCGGCUGUAUGUGAGACUACACCUGAUGAUGAUGGUAUCAUGCAGUUUAAGGUAGCAGAAAGCAAAGCUGAAAACACUGUUAAUCCUAUGCGCUGGUUCGGAGUUUUGGUUCCUCAGAAUUUGCAUAAAGCCCAAGGCAUUUUCCAAAAUGCAAUCAAUUAUGUAGUAGAAUGUGUAAAUGUACAGUUACAACUUUUAGAUAAUAUGAAGAAGAUGGACAUGUUAAAAAAGUAUGUAAGUUAGAUAAUUAAUAUUAUUAUUAUUUGCUUAGAUACUUUACAAAGUUUAGAAGUUCUGUAAAUUAUGCAUUUUAAUUGUAAAUUUUUGGUUUGUAUUGUAUGUGUAUUGAAUAAAAGACCAUGUUAAAUUCAAUUAUUUAAUAUAACAGUGAAGUGAUCACUAGGUAUCAAAUAAAUAACUAUUAUAGUAACUUAACAAUGUUUCAUUGUACUGCAAAAGCAUGAUCAUAAUUUGCCUUCUUUGAUACCUAUCAGUUUCAUAAGCCUGUCCUUUAGAUGUCUUGAUGAUUUACUAAUACAUUCUUAAGGCAUUUCCUACUUUAUUAAUAACUAUAUCUGUCUUGGACACUUACAUAACAGAAUUAUACAUUAUGUAUACUAUAUUGAAUAUAUUAUUGUUAUUUGCCAAGUUAUCUUUUGUUAAAAAACUGACAAUCAUAUUUACAAUAGUAAUUUGACUAAUCUAACAAGAUUGGUGUUUCAAUACUGCAUGUAUUAAUCAAUAGUAUUAGGUAUUUAAAUACAUUCACAGAAUUUCAGAAUUAACUUGAUUAGCUUGAAUAACAAUGGGUAAUUAUCUAGUAGUCAUAACACACAUACAUUGCAUUAUUUUGAGUAAGUAGGCAUACCAAAUUUAUAUUAUUUAGAAACUUUUGUUGUAAGGUUCCUUAAAAAUCCUUGGUUUUUUAACAGAAAGCACUUGUUCUUUAGUGCUAUGUGUAAAAAUAUAGGUAGUCAAACAAGAUAAUAUCACAAUUAUUGAAUUACAUACAUAAUCCUUGACAUUGAAUAGAUAACACAAGUAACCAAAACUUGUUAAUAAAUACCUAAGUACACACAGUAAUGUACAUAUUGCAUAUAAUUAAGAAUAAAACAUUGGGAAAUUUAAUUCAUUAUUAAAUACUUAAGUAGAUUAAUAUUAAAUGCACAUUUUGUCUUUUUCAUUAGUGUUUUGUAAAAUGUUGGGAUUUGGUAGGUUCUUAAUAUUGGCAUUAUUUAUGUUUUUGGUAUAUCUUUACGU